AAGUUUGUAAAAGUCCGAGCGGCCGGAGUGGCGGCGUGGGCGCAGGCCCUGGCUGAGGACGCACGGCUGGUGAGUGCGCCGGGUCCACCGUCCCGACCGCCGUCCCGAGUCCCUGGUGGUCGGGGUCCCUGGCUGACGUCUCCAGCUCUGCGGCCACUCUGGUACCUGCAGACUGAGGGGACGCAGCGUAGCGGUAGAUGCGCGUCGCCCUGGAGGUCGCGAGUGCCCCCAGCUAACUCGAGGAGUUCCUCGGUCUCUUUCCAGCUCACGGUCCCCUCCUCGGCCCUCACUUCUCGAGAUCGGCUGUUCCUGGGCCCUGCAUCUCCCCAGAGGGGUUGGCCCCUGCUGUUCCAUGGAUGCGUCCCAGGACAACCAGUUCUGGAGCUGUUUGUGUUGCAGGAGCGAGUGACCUUCGAGGACGUGGCUGUAUACUUUUCAAGGGAGGAGUGGGAGUAUCUGGACCCUGGCCAGAGAGCCCUGUACCGGGACGUGAUGCUGGACAACUUCAGGAUCUUGGCCACACUGGGAUUUUGCAGCCCCAGACCGGACCUCGUCUCUUGCCUACAACAGUGGGAUGAGCCGUGGGUUGAGGAUUGGGAGAGACUCGAGUCUCAGAAAGUACGGAGGGGUCCCUACCCAGGGGCAGAGAAAUCCAUUGACCACAGGGGACACCGUGAUCGGCCAACUUGGGCUCACAAGAAAAUCCACAUUCAAGAAAGAGGAAAGGAAGGAAUUGGUUUUAGGAAGAGCUGUCUGAACUCAGGUAAUGUGCAGCUUCCUAGAAGUGCUUCAGAAAGGAAAGAUGAUAGGCCUGCAGCUUUCCAGUGCAAGGUGCGUGGGAAGUGCUGUGUGCAUCCACCAGGCCUCAGAAAGCCCCGGAAGCGCCAUGCCUCUGAGCUCUCAUUCAUUUGUGGCACGUGCGGGAAGGUGCUGAGCUGCCACAGCCGGCUGGUUGCUCACCAGACAGUGCACACGGGGACCAAGUCCUUCGAGUGUUCCGAGUGUGGCCAAACCUUCAGGUGGGUUUCAAACCUUCUGCGCCACCAGAGAAACCACACGAGCGAGAAGCCCUUCCGCUGCGAGGUGUGUGGACAGGCCUUCAGCUUGAAAGAUCGUCUUGCUCAGCAUCGCAAAGUCCACACUGAGCACAGGCCCUAUUCGUGUGGUGACUGUGGGAAAGCCUUCAAGCAGAAGUCAAACCUCCUUAGACACCAGCUGGUGCACACUGGGGAGAGGCCUUUCUACUGUGCUGACUGCGGCAAGGCCUUCCGCACCAAGGAGAACCUCAGCCACCACCAGAGGGUUCACAGUGGGGAGAAGCCCUACACCUGCGCCGAGUGUGGCAAGGCCUUCCGGUGGCCCAAGGGCUUCAGCAUCCACCAGAGGCUACAUCUGACAAGGAGAUUCUACGAGUGUGACCGCUGUGGAAAAGGCUUCCGCCACCUGGGCUUCUUCACGCGGCAUCAGAGAACUCACAGGCAUGGGGAGGUGUAGAGGUGCCAGGUGUGCAGGUUCUGUACCACUCGAGUAUUGGUCCUUGUUGGGGGAAGCUGCGGUAAGCAGUUGAGCUUUAUCUAGUUUGGAAAUUCAACCUGGAAAGAGGCCACCUCAGUGCUCAGAGCUCCCCAAAUCCCCCAGGAAGUUCUACAGAAAAAUUCUUACAUGGGAGAAGUGGAUCCACAAGUACACAGGGGUGACAGUGGCAGCUGCUCCCAUGGUGCUGAGCAUCUUGGAGUGGCACCCAAGAGCGUAUGCAGCUGCAGAGCUCACCCCAGUCCCUGCUCAGAUCAGAGAAGCGCCUGUCUUGUUUUUACGCUCCCCUGGGCCCACAGCUGUCUGGGCUCAGGCACUCAGCCCCAGUAAUGAGUGUCACUCGUGUCAUUUAACUCCUUUUCCUCCCGGCUCCUCACCCCAUAUGCGCUGCCCAGCCCAUCUUCUCUUCCAUGUCUGUCUGCAAGGCAGCUGUGAGUGUUGCACAGAAGCGAGGCCCCUCCUGCAGCCUCACGAGGUGGGGCUCAGAAGUGAGCAGCUUUGUAAUAUCAAGCGCUUAUUACCGGAUUAAGGGAAGCUCUUAAUUCACAGCCAGAGCUGUGAUUAGUGAACUCUGCUUGUGCGGCAGCAUCCACUCUGGUGGCUGCGUAGGCAUGUGUAUUGAAACCACAUCCUCACAACACUGCUUCUCUGGGGUGGCCUCUCUAGCUGAAAUAGACUCUUGCCUAGUGGAUCUUUCGUAAAACAGCAUUGCAUCUUGCUUUUUAUUAAUAUUCAUAAAUGUAUGAGUGCAGGAAGGCUUUGCUCCCAGUGUCAUGUGACCACAGAGGAGCCUGCAUGGGGAGCCGAGCUGAGCCGAGCUGGGGAGCUGAGCUGGGGUGAAGAGGGCAGCUGAGACUGCCCGUAGCACCAUUAGACCCUGUGCCUGGCCUGGGGGUGUGUGGGUGAGGGGUGGGGCAGAGGUCAGGUUAGGCCUGUGAGAUUGGACAUUUCUCACCAGAUCUGGUACCAUCGAGAUGGCUCCCGGCCAGGGACUGCUUGGCACAGCCCUGGGCCCCCCUGCUUUCUGGGUCUUUCUUAUAGUAGGUAAGAUCCUUACUGCAGCUACCACAUGUGUGGGCUUUGUGAUUGCCACAGCAGCUGCGAGUGUCCUGUGCUAGGUGGUUAGGUCAGGGCCACCACUGCCGCAGAAGCCUCCACCCAGCUCUGGCAGUCAGAGCCUUGGUCACACUUCUGGGAUUGGUGAAUCAAGAAACUUUGGGCAGUGAGAGGUGGCUGUGUUCACUACAGGGUGUGCAUGGAAGAGACGACCGCUUUGUUUUAAACUUCAGGUAUCCCUGCUUAUCCAGCCAGAAAUAAAGAUCUGCCAGGGUGGAGGUCAUGGGGGCAGCAGCUCCCUACCCUAGAACUGGUAGGGGCUGAGCCCUUGCUUUGCUUUGGUUAUUCAGAGAGUUGGUGAAGGAUUUUGCUUUACUUGUUUUUUUAAGAAUUCCAGCCAAAAAAUGAAAUGUUGGAAUAAGAAAUGAGUUGACAGGCCAGGUACAGUGGCUCACACCUGCAGUCCUAGCACUCUGGAGGGCUAAGGCAGGAGGAUCACUUGAGGUC